AUGAAUCGACUUAGAAUUGCCACUAAAAUUGUUCCUAAAACAAUUCUGACCAAUAAUUUAACUUGUCAUAAUUCUUAUAUGGGUCAAACCUUGUCAUACAAAGGUUUGCGUUUUUAUUCCGCGGCCCAUGAGGAAGAAUCUUUUGAAAAGCUUACGUCACGCUAUGUGAAAUUCUUUGAAGGUGUUGAUGAUCGUUUUGAAUUGCAAAGAGGUCUUAACAAUUGUUUCGCCUAUGAUUUGGUACCAGCACCUGAGGUUAUUGAAGCUUCUCUCAGGGCUGCAAGACGUGUGAAUGAUUUCUCAACUGCAGUUCGCGUUUUUGAAGGAGUCAAGAAUAAAGUUGAAAAUGAUAAUCAAUAUAAACAAUAUUUAGAAGAAUUGAGACCUGUCAAAGAGGAAUUAGGAGUUUUGACUAAAGAGGAGUUGGGCUUUUAG